AGAGGAAGUAUUUUCCUAUUCAACUAUACCUUAACAUCCCCAAUCAUUCAACCUUUUCUCGAAACAGUUUCUUUUGAGACUACAGAAAAGGCCUAUUCAUUCAGACCAACGUGUCACCCUUCUACCUCUCUCUCUCCCGCCACUUGUCCAUUCCAAGUUUUUGCCUUGAGCCCCCACGCACACUCCUAACCCGCACUCCCACGCCCCUUCUACAACCUUUCUUCUUUGUUCUUUAGUUGAGGUUUUUCUUUCACUUGCUUCAAAAAUUGAUUUUCUUAAAACACACAAAAACAAUAUGUCACGAUUGAAAUUUUCGUUAUAAUCAACAAUCCAUUUUUUUAUUCUUGAUUUAUUAUCUCUUAAGUUUCUUGUUCUAUUAAUUUAUGAGAUAGUUCAUUUAUCUUUUUGAAAUUGUAUUUAAUGGCUGAAGUUUAUUGCUUUGCAACUCGAAAUCUUGUUUGAAUUUUGUGUAAAAAUUGAAUAUUGGAAGAAGGAGGGCUUAAUAUGAAUACCAAGAUCAAGUUUUGCUUUAUGGGUUUGUGUGAAUCAGAUCAUGAAGUGGUUAAACAUGCAUAUACAUAUGAAUAUAGAUGAAUUAGAUGCCAUUAUAGUAUUGUUGAAGGUUGUGUUAUUUUUGUCUUAUGGGGGGUCGUGACGAUGGUAAGAAGAUUUUAGGAACAACAGUAAUGGAUACUCUUUGUUUGGAUAUUUCAACAAAUAGAUUUUCAAGAGAUUUGUUGCAGAGAUUUAUGGGUGGUGGUAGUAGUAGUGGGAGUGAGGCAGUGAAAGAGGAGGAUGAGGAGAUUGAGUUGAAUCUUGGACUGUCGUUGGGAGGGAGAUUUGGUGUGGACAAGAGCUCCAAUAAGUUAGUGAGGUCUUCUUCUGUAGCGGAGUGUUUACCGGUGGUGAGAGAUGAUAAUGAUGCGGUGGCACCACCAUCGGUGGCUUAUACGGGCCUGUUGAGGACCUCUUCAUUGCCCGCAGAGACAGAGGACGAAUGGAGGAAGAGGAAGCAAUUACAGACCUUGAGGAGAAUGGAGGCUAAGAGGAGGAGGUCAGAAAAGCAGAGGAAUUUAAAGAGUGAUAAAGGAGGUGGAGGUCGUGGUGGUGGAAAUUUAAGUCUGGAGGAGAAAAAGGAAAUUGAGGUGAAUCUGAGAGAGAGAUUGGAGAGAGAGAAGUCUUUGGCCAUGGCGAAGAGGUCUGGUUUGCCAUUCCGUUUGGCAACGUCUGCUGCCACUGCUACUGAUCAGGCCAUUCGAGGUGGGAUUGAUGAGGCAGUGGUCCAAGGGAAGGGGAAUUAUUUGGGAGGUAGUAGUGGGAUGCAAAAGUCAAUGGAAUCAAAAGGAGGAAGUUCUUCGAAUAUAUCUGAAUUCAACACUAAAACUUUUGAAGGAUCCAGCAGUGGUGGUGAACUGAGCCCCGGCAGUAUCCAGACUUUUCGUGAGGGAAUCAAUCAGGAUGUUGGCUCAUCUGGGAUGAAAUCAAGAGAGAAUAUGAGCAGAAUGACUCAACCAGACACGGAGAGUCUCUCUGCAAGAUCUGAUGUUGUAAUCAAUCGAGGAAGGGAAAUUGGGACGAAUGCAGUGGAGGAUAUGCCUUGUGUUUUCACAAAGGGUGAUGGUCCUAAUGGUAGGAAAGUCGAUGGGAUACUAUACAGAUAUGGAAAGGGAGAAGAAGUGAGAAUAAUGUGCGUAUGCCACGGCACCUUCCUCUCACCGGCCGAGUUUGUUGAGCAUGCUGGAGGCAGCGACGUAGAUAAUCCGCUCAAGCACAUAGUUGUGAACCCGAACGCUUCUUCCCUGUUAUAAGGGCCGCCUGCAUGUUACCGUUCACACGAGGGGUAAAAUGUUUUCAACUUGAUGACGGCCUCUUUUUUUUUUUUUUUUUAAAUUAAAUUUUCUUCUUGAAAUGACCGUGUAAUAAUUAGCUGAUGCUUAUAUCUGAAAGAAAAAUGGAAAAAUUGGUUGUACCUAUGUGGAUUGCAUUCUGGAAAUACAGAGCAAUCAAUAUUAAUUCUUCCUGAUCAUUGCUUA